AUGUCAUCAUCACCGUCAACAGCAAAGGCCUCCCCCGGCCCAGCGCCCUGGCGCGCCGCCUUUCUCAAAAACGUGACCGAAAUGGCUUCACCAGAAUUCAACCUCGCAACCCUCCACGCCGGCAGCAGCAGCAGCAGCAGCAGCAGCAGCAGCAACAGCACCUCCUCCUCCUCCUCUUCCGCUUCCGUCACCCCGCGCCUCCGCACCGUCAUCUUCCGCGGCCUCUGGGCCUCCCUCCCCGUCAACCCAAAAAACACCGCAGACCUCAAUCCGCCCCUCUACGAAUCCGACCUCCUCACCCUGACAACGGACGCCCGCAUGGCAAAAGUCCCAGACUUUUUCAGUCCACCCUCUUCUUCUUCCUCCAGCAGCAGCAGCCGCAGCGGAGGCGGCGGCCCCGUCGAGGCCUGCUUCUGGACCGACGCCAAAGUCCAAUGGCGCGUCCGCGGCGAAGCCUACCUCCUCGGCCCAGACAUUGACGACAGCAGCAGCAGUAGCACCGCGCAACACGUCCGCGAAACGCUCCUCGCCCGCAUGCGCCGCGUCACCCCAGCCGACGUCAAAAGGCGCCGCGAGCAAGACAUACCCCCCGGCAAGACCGUAGCCCCAGACGACGACGACAACAACUGGACCUUUUCCCGGGAAGUCACGGCGCAUUUCGGGAACCUGAGCCCCGCGAUGCGCGGCACGUUCCGGAACCCGGCGCCGGGCACCUCGCGCGCGGCGAACCCGCCCUCCGACACGCUGAAAUUGGGGCAAAAAGUCGAGGACCUCGAGGACGAGGUCGCGCGGCGCAAUUUUCGCGUCGUGGUGAUUGUGCCGACCGAGGUGGAUCAGACGGACCUGAGCGCGUCGGACGACCCGCGGCGGUAUCUGUACCGGUUCGUCGGGGCCGAGGCCGACGGGACGCCGGCGGGUAGCGCGGAGAGGGUCAAUGGCUGGGAAAAGACUGAAUUAUGGCCAUAG